CUCUAAUCUGUUACAUCACAUUUGUAUUCCUCACUUUAUAAUUGCAUUCCUCACUUUAUAAUUGUAUUCCUCACUUUAUAAUUUUUGUAAAAUAUUUAUCCAUUUUUGUAAUGUAAUAUUAAACAAAUGCAUCUGAAUUCUACACCUAAGAGAAGAAGGCUAAAUCCAAGCGAGCCGGGAAUCCAACCAGGACGAUCCAUUCCGCCAGAAUUCGAAAAUACGUCUGGAAAAAUCAUCAAAGUCACACUGUUCAACUUUCUGAACCAUGCACAUCUGACCUUCAGCUGCUCGCCGUAUCUUAACUUAAUUUUCGGAAGAAACGGGCAGGGGAAAAGCGCCAUUGUGCAGGCCAUAGCACUGUGCUUUGGAGCUACAGGCCACUCCGUUGGCCGUGAUACCAACCUAAAUCGCUACAUCAAAGAUUAUCACCUCAAAAACGGACCCAAUUGUGCUAAGAUUGAGCUGUACAUAUCGAACAGUGGUCCAAAUAGUUAUGAGCCAGAGGUUUACGGCGAUGUUAUUAUCCUAUCAAGAACAAUUUACAAGAACGGGUCCACGUAUUAUCUGGCCAGUUCACUGAUUAAGAAAUCACCAGUUGAUCGUAAAACACUAAAUCAAUACCUAAGACAGAUUAAAAUUAACAUAAAUAAUCCUACAACGUACAUGGACCAGGAGAUGUGUAAAUCGUUCUUUUUCCAGUCAAGUUCUCACAGUUUUUACAAAUACUACAGCUCAUGCGCUGGACUAGACAAAAUGGAAGAGAAGAUUAACUCUGAGAAAAAGAACUUAGAGGACUGUAAGGCUGAGUUGAGGAUAAGGAAAAAGGUCCUGGAGCCUGAUAAGCAGAAGCUGGAACAGCUUUCGAAGCAAAUUGAGUCUUUUGAAGAAAAAUUAAACGAGUGGAAAUCAGCAAAAGAGUCGUACAAAUUAGCCUUGUAUAGAGAGUCGGUGGAAGAUUACGAGACUGCCAAGACGAAAUAUGAGAAACAGAAACAUAACAACCCAACUGAACAGAUUAAGGAAAAGGAAGAGUUAAUUUCAGAGUUGAAUACACAACUAAGUCAGCUUAAAACUGAAAUUAAUAAUCUUACAACCAGCUCCAUGGAACUCAAGGAUAAAAUCAGAACCGCCUCAGACUCCGUUUCCAUCUGUGAAGACUCAAUUAAAGAGAUGAAGUCGUCGAUGAUAUCACUGGAGUCUAACAUAACUCAAGUUGAAAAUGACAUUAAAAAGCUCAAAACUGAUGACAAAGCUGACACUAAUUCCAAAACCGAACUUGAACAACUCAAAAAGGAGUUGCAAUUUAUGAGUGACGAAUAUGAAAGGUUGGAGGAGGAUCACCAGUCGCUGAUGUCGGAAUUAACAUCGUAUGAGGAGGCUAACAAUGAAAUUGACUCACAAAUGAAACAAAUCGACGCGGAUUUGGAGGAACUGAGACGUGACUAUGAGACUGUCAAAUCCAACGAUACAAACACAUUUUUGACCUCAAGAUUCAUGCUAUACAAGUACAAUCCUGAGCAUGUUCGGGAAACUAUACAGAAGAUGAAAUCGUCAAGCUUAUUCAGAUAUGAACCCAUAGGCCCAGUAGGAGAAUAUUUGAGAGUUGUCCAGUCAGUGCCGUGGAAAGUCUUACCAAUAGUUGAAAGACAUUUGAAAAAAUUUCUUUUCAACUGGGUAGUUCACACAGAACAAGAUCGAAUCGCACUACAGAAAAUCCUGGUUGAUAGUGGGUGUGAUAGUAACAGUAUAUACAUAACAAAGACGAACUUGUUUACAAGAGAGACGGACUCGAUAGAAAAGGCCCAGAGGGAGGUGAGUGAGGUAGGAUUUAACUCUGUAAUUUUAAAUUUUCUGGACGUAAAUGAGAUCCCGAAAGUGCUCCUCAGCAUCAUGAUCGACUCCUUUAACAUUUCAAAAACGGCAAUUUGUAAAGAUGAAACAGAAAUGUUAUCAGUGUUAAAGGACGAAAAAAUGAAAAUCACAGCUGCAUACAGUAUUAAUAACGUUGAUUUUGGAAAAAGAGUUAACGGAGCACUGUUUCUCACUCCAGCUUAUGAUAAGAAUCCGUUCCACUACCGCUUCGUUAGGUACUCAUGUCAAGACGCGGAUACUCUAUAUGACCUCAAACAAAGAAUGUCAGAUCUUAAAGCUAGAGAAACUACCAUUAAACGAUAUUCCAAGGAACUUCACACUAAACUGAUGUCGAAUAAACGGAAAAUCAUCUCUACUAAUAAUAAAAUCAACUCCAUUAACAAUAGGAAAACAGAACUCAUAACUGAAAAAACUAAACUUGAAGCAGACUUAAACUCACAAAUCGAAAUUAACCAACUUUUAAACAAUAAUGAGGGGGUUGACGAGGUGGCGAAUUUGAGAACUAAGUACGCUGAACAGUUGGACUCACUUAAGAAGCAGAUGACCGAAUUUGAAGACAAACUUGACGUUGUUUUUAAGGAUAAAAUGUCUCACGAGGAGAAUAUGAGGACACUCAACACCUCUCUCGAGUCCAUUCUCGAAAACAUAUCAAACAAAAGAAUGGAAUCGAAUAAGACGCAAACGUCGAUAAACAACUGUAAGAAUGAGAUCAAGCAGUUUUUGCGGGAGAGUAUAAACUACAAUAAUGUGCUGAACGAUUGUCUGAAUAGUAUGAACGAGGCUGAAAAGCAACUCAAGAAAUGCGAGAGUGAUUUGAGAGAGUCUGGAAUAGACUACUCAGGGGAAUUACCACCCAAGAAAUCACAAGAGUACCUUAGGAUUAUGAAUACCAGCCGGGAGAUUCUAUCCUCAAUUGUUAACUCCUCAACCGGUAUAGAAAACUAUCUCGAGACUUUGAGGGUAAAGUAUUCUGAGGCGGAGGAGUCUUUGAAUGACAAGAUGUCAAAGUUGUUGGAAACUCAAAAUAACUACUCAAGGCACAAGACAAACUAUGCCAGCAGGUUAAAGUUGUUUGACGAGUACAGACUAAGAAUGGAGCGAUUGGCUAAAGCUGUGUUUAAAAGUACACUUGACUCUGUCUGCGGAUACGACGGGAAUUUAAUCUUCAAUGACCUCAACAGGACUCUGGAUGUUCAUAUACAUAAUAAGCAGCAAUCUUAUGAGAAAGCACACGUAGCUAGAGAUUUGAAGACCUUAAGUGGCGGUGAACAGUCAUCAAUUCAACUCUCAAUGAUACACAGCCUCGCAUCGCUCUCCUACUCACCACUGCACAUGUUCGACGAAAUUGAUGUCUACAUGGAUGAAAGCACCAGGAUUAAAAAUGUGAAUGCGAUUGUGGCCUUUGCAAAUGAUAACAGAGAUCGCCAAUUCUUCCUCCUAACACCGCAUAUGGAAUUUGCAAGACACGUCUCAGAGUCACAUCCGCACAUUACAAAACUAUUCAAUGUCUCUAAAACUUAAUCUUUAAAAUGUAU